CCCAGGGCAAGGCUAGAUGGGUCAGUGAUGGAUGGUGUUGCUGUCUGCUCUGUUACAAGCUGCGCUUGGGCCAGUUGGGUACUUUUCUUCAUCUAAGGCUGCUGCCUCUAUGUAAUGGGGCUGUGACAAGGUCUUGCAACUGGGGUCUUGGUGUCCAAAUACUUGGGAAGUGCAGGCAGACUCAGGACUUUGCUUCUGGGAGCUGCAGCUGGAUGUGCUGCUGCAAACAUCGCAUGGAGCUGGGUCUGUGUUCCUCUGCCUCACUGCUGCAGUCAAUUCUUGGAUGUGCUGACUUCCCUCUGUGUUCCCUGGGGACAGCUCAGUCUGGGUAUGGUCACAGCUGUAGGUAUGUGCACCCCUACAUCCUGACUUGGCCGUGGUUCUGCUCCUCUCUGCCUGGAUUUCCUCCAAAACCUGCUCCACAGAUUGAGGUGAGGGUCCCAGUGUGAGGGAGUGGGCACAGAGGGAAGAGUUUCCCUCUUCCACCUGCACAGGCAACUUUGAAAUGUUAAUUAAACUCCCUUAAUAAUGCCUCUGAGCCUAUUAGCAUUGCAGGCUUGUGUGUAUGAUUUGGAAGGCGUUGUGGGAAAAAUAUUUCUGCAUAGAUUUCCCAUUGUGCAGCCUGGAGUGGUGGUCAGCUGGGGGAGGGCUGGGGUGCUCCCAAAAGGGAUUUAAGGGGAGAGUGUAACUGAGCCUGCCUGGUACUCGCCCUUCCCAUCAGCUCGCAGCUGGAGCAGUUUGCCCAAAGGAUGGCUGGAAUGCCGUGCUGGGGCUGCCUUCUCUCUGUUUCGAAGAUGCUUUCCCGCAGAAAGCAAGUCCCAGUUGGCUUGGAGGGCUCCAGCCUUCGCCGCUGCCUCUCCACCGUGGACCUCAUUGCCUUGGGAGUGGGCAGCACGCUGGGGGCUGGUGUCUACGUCCUGGCAGGGGAAGUGGCUAAGACCAGCUCUGGCCCAAGCAUCGUCCUUUCUUUCCUGAUUGCAGCCGUGGUGUCUGCUCUGGCAGGGCUGUGCUAUGCCGAAUUCGGGGCCCGUGUGCCACUAGCUGGGUCUGCCUAUCUCUACAGCUACGUGACAGUGGGUGAGCUGUGGGCGUUCAUCGCUGGGUGGAAUCUGCUGCUGUCCUAUGUCAUCGGUACCGCCAGCGUUGCCCGGGCCUGGAGUGCUACCUUUGACCAGCUCCUCGGCAAGAAGAUGGGGAGGUUUUUGGGUGCUCACGUGGCUAUGAGCUCUGUGGGGCUGGCAGAGCACCCGGAUGCCUUUGCCGCGGGUCUGGUGGUCCUGUUGGCAGGGCUUCUUUCCUUUGGAGUGAAGGAGUCCACCACGGUCAACAAAGCCUUCACAGCUCUCAACGUGCUUGUCCUGCUCUUUGUCACAGUGAGUGGCUUCAUCAAAGGCGACCUGAGCAACUGGAAGCUCAGGGAGGACGACCUGCCACGGGCAGCUGCCCACAAGGCUGAGAACCAGUCUGUGGCUGACAACAUGACCAGUGCCUUUGGGGUGGGAGGCUUCAUGCCCUAUGGCUUCACUGGCACCUUGGCUGGAGCCUCUACCUGUUUCUAUGCCUUUGUUGGAUUUGACUGCAUCGCUACCACAGGGGAAGAAGUGAGGGACCCGCAGAGAUCCAUCCCCAUGGGCAUCCUCCUCUCCCUCCUCAUCUGCUUCCUGGCAUACUUUGGGGUGUCUGCUGCCCUCACCUUGAUGAUGCCCUACUACCUCCUAGACACCAUGAGCCCGCUCCCAGCGGCUUUUGAAUACGUUGGCUGGAGCAGCGCAAAACAUGCGGUGGCUGUGGGGUCACUGUGUGCCCUGACAACCAGCCUCCUGGGCUCCAUGUUCCCCAUGCCACGGAUGCUGUAUGCCAUGGCUCGAGACGGGCUCCUCUUCAAACCUCUGGCCAAAGUUAGUUGCCAUCAGUGCCCGGUGGUGGCAACGUUGGUGUCUGGAGGAGUGGCAGCUCUUCUGGCCCUCCUCUUUGACCUGAAAGCCCUGGUUGAUGUGAUGUCUAUUGGCACGCUGCUGGCCUACUCGCUGGUGGCUGGCUGUGUGCUGCUGCUCAGGUAUCAGCCUGGACCCAGCACUCAGGACACUUCUGCGGGGAAGGUCCCGGCUGUGCAGCUCUGGUGGAACCACCUUGUCCGACCACCUCUGCAUCCCACGCCGUGUUCCUCUGCUGUGGUGGCCUGGGCUCUGACAGCCGUAGCCGCCCUGGUCUGCGCCCUGAGCUGGGUGAGCACCGCAGGGCUGCCCUGCCUCCGGGCUGGGGGUGCUUGGUGCAUUGCCACUCUGGUUUUGCCUCUCCUGGGGAUCCUGGUGGCAGCUCUGCUCGUCUGGAGGCAGCCUCAGAGUCGGGAGAGAGCAUCCUUCACGGUUCCCUGCCUGCCCUUCCUGCCACUCCUCAGCAUCGCCAUCAACAGCAUCCUGAUGGCCCGGCUCAGUGCGGCCGCUUGGCUGCGGUACCUGCUCUGGAUGGCCAUCGGUUUCCUCAUUUACUUUGGCUAUGGGAUCUGGCACAGCACCGAGAGCCGCCGGCCCAAAGGGGCAGCCCCCCAGGAGCUGCCGGGAAGCAUGGCCAUGGAGGUGUCCCCACAGCCCCGUGGGACUGCAUGGUGCCCAUCUGCUCCAGGGCAAUAAAAGGAGACAGGCUGGUCCCAGAGCGCCUGGCUCCCUCCACCCUGUGCCCAAGAGGCCAAGAGGCCCCUUGGGCUGAAGGUCCCGUCCCGCGGAGCGGCACAGCCCUGAC